CCUCGAUCCCUCAGUAAUGGUCGAAACGCUGAGAGGGGAGGACGUGCUCUUCGCUCCUCCUCCUCCACCGUAAUAACCCUUCUUUCACCAUGCCUAUAUAUUCUAAGGACUGGAGGGACCCUGGCGACCGAUGGGUAAAGACCAAUGGCGGCUGGGAGAAAGAGAAAAUAGCUGGCGGUCUCAAUUUUUCAGACAAUUUAGAGGAUCCUGAAUCUGAUGGCCCCGACCCGCUGUCCCUCCUUACCCGCCGGGGCAGUCGGGGGGAGUUAGUGCCACAACCCCAUUGCAGAAUUUACACCAGGAAUACAAAAGAGGUGGCUGGAUUCAACGGGCUGGGCGAAACACUCAUGAAACUGGACUUUAUCAAUGCGGUGAGGGACAUUCGACGUUUCCGGUACAUCUGCAAACUUCUGGACCUCCUCAUUACUCAGAAGCUGUCUACCCUCUCUGGUGGUGCGCAGAAGAUGCUGUUUGGAAUGCUGGAGGAGGUGGCCCAUGAAGUGACAAGAAGCCAGCAGAACGUCCACCUCCUUCAGCACCUUCUGCAGGAGUUACGCAAAAGAUUGGAGGACUACCUGUGGGGAAACAAACUUGGCUCUACAAUACUCUGGGAACAACACUCUCGGAAGUUCAGGAACAUUAAUGCUAUAGCCACUACUAUACAGAUUAGGGAGCCAGGUGACGACAUCCACCCGACACUGCAGGAGGUGCCGGAGGAAUGCAUAAGAGAAAUCCUGAGGAGACUAGACAACCACAAUGACAUCAGAAGUGCAGGUGAGGCGUACAGUGUGAUGGCGAAGGUAAGCAAGGAGAAGAGCAUAUGGAGGCAGCUGUGUCGCUUCCAUUGGACCCCGGCACAGAUAGAAUACAUUAUACAGCUGCAUCGAGAACUCAGGGUACAGAAGAAUUGGCAACAGGUGUAUGACAGAUUGAGGAGAACCUACGGACUGCGAGAGGAAUACCCAGAAAAGCUGUGUCUGUGUCGAAACUGCAGCUGCAUGUUUUGGGAAUCUUACGGCCACCCCUGCAGGAACGACCAGAUGUAUGCUGCAGCCUCUGAUGAUGAACAGCAGCAGGAGCAACAGCAACACCAACAGCAGGAGGAGGAGCAGCAGCAGCAGCAAGAACAGCAGCUAGAGGAAGUGAAACCACCUGAUAUUAUCUACGUGACAAUUACACCUCAGCAGUUUCUUAAAUAUUUUCAUCUUUAGUUGUGUUUGAGAGAGAGAGAGAGAGAGAGAGAGAGAGAGAGAGAGAGAUGUAUUUGUGAGGAAGAGUGUGUGUAUCUUUCAAUACAUAUGAGAAAAGGAGAAAGUGUGUGUGUGUGUGUGUGUGUGUGUGUGUUUGUGUUUGUGUUUGUGUGUGUGUGUGUGUGUGUGUGUGUGCGCGUGCGCACGCACACACGUAUAGACUCUUGCACUGAUAAGAAAAUGCAGGAUUCUCUUUCUCCUCAUCUUGUGAUACAAAUGGCAAUCUAGCUAUUUGACAUUGAUUUAAUUCCUUUGAGCAUCUUUUUUUUACAUUUGUCAUACUUGAGAUUGGUUUGUGAAGGCAGAACAUCUCAAGUUUAUUCCAGGAACUUUACCCAUCCCAGAUAUUAAGUGGGUAAUGGAGUGAACAGUCAAUCUUAUGGUGUGUGGUAGGGAAAGGAAGUCAGUCUUGUGGUGUGUGGCAGGGAAAGGAACAAUCAGUCAGUUUGUGGUGUGUGGCAGAGAAAAGUCAGUCUUAUGGUGUGUGGCAGGGAAAAGAAGUCAGUCUUGUGGUGUGUGGCAGGUGGUGACAACAAUCAGUCUUGUGCUGUGUGGCUGUGGUGAUUAGUCAGUCUUGUGGUGUGUGGCAGGUGGUGACAUCAGUCAGUCUUGUGCUGUUUGGCUGUGGUGAUUAGUCAGUCUUGUGGUGUAUGGCAGGGAAAAGAACAGUCAGUCAGUCUUGUGGUGUGUGGCAGGGUGGUGAACAGUCAGUCUUUUAGUGUGUGGCAGGAAAGGUGUUUGUGCAGGAUUUCUGAGGUAACAAAUUUGGUUUCUCUUCCUUGUUACUGGAUGUGAUGAUAAGUGAAAUUAUUGUAUGUGGUUGUUCUUGAUUGAUAGGAAAGGUGUUUGUGUGGGAUUUCUGAAGUAUACAUGCUUGGCUUUUCUUCCUUAUUAGUGAUGGAAAUGUAAUGAAAAUGUGAAAUGUUUCUUUGUGGUGCUUUUAGGAGCACAUUCCAUAAUUUUUCCUUGUUUGCGGCUGAAAAUGUGAUGAAGAGAAGGUGAAAUGGUUCUUUGUGAUGUUUUUGAAAGUGCGUUCAUUGUUUGCUGCUGGAAACAAGGUGAAAUGAUUUUUUUUUUAUGGUAUUUUUAGAAGUGCGUGUCAUUUUUAUUGUUUGCUGCUGGAAAUAUGAUAAAAGAUGCUGGAAUAGCUUUUUUUUUAUGUAAGAGAAAAACCAGCCAAUAGCAACAUAAAAAUGAAAAAAAGGCCCACUUAGUUGCCAGUCCUCUUGCAGGUCUGAGUGUGUUAGAAAAAAAAAGGGGGGGAUAAAUAUCUAGAAACCUUCCUCUCAAAUGAAGUAAGUCAUAGGAAGUAGGAAAUACAGAAGCAGGUUGGGGGGUUCCAGAGUUUACCAGAGAAAGGUAUGAAUGAUUGAGAGUACUGGUUAACUCUUGCAUUAGAGUUGGACUGAGUAGGGAUGAGAGGAAAAACAAGGUCUUGUGCAGUGAGGCCACAGGAGGAGAGGCAUGCAGUUACCAAGAGCAGUAGAGCAGUCAACAUGAAGAUAGCAGUAGAAGAUUGCAAGAGAUGUAACAUUCUGGCGGUGAGAGUAGAUGCCUUGGAACGUUUAACGUUAUAUUAAGUUUCCAGUUUAGAUUGUAAAGGCCCAUACACAUGAUUGAGCAUUGCCCAGCGGGCAUUCGCUAAAUGCCCGUCACUUGGGUAAAUUAGGCAGGCAAACAAUUGGAUUGCCCAUGCUUCAUCGACAUCACCAGACAAUGCCUGGUGCCUGGGGGUUUGCUGGUGGGUAUGGUAUGACAGCUCUGCCAGACAAAUGAAAGUGAUCCCGGGACCUUGGUGCGGAGGGCCGCCACCCCGGUCUCAUGAAAAUGGAGAGGAUGCUGCGACCUCUCGUGGACUCUUCUCCCCUGGUAGCUCGAGAAGGUCUGGAGACAUGACAGACACGUAGGACUUUUGUCUCCAUUAGGAGCUGCCAUCGUGGAUGCUAAAAUGGGCAACCACAAAAUAACCGCUUGGCAAUAAUAUCGGCAGCGAUGCCCAGAGAACAAGUUCAAAGAAGAACUCUGGGGGAGGGAAAGUGUUGGCCGGAGGUUAAUUCCUGUAUCGUCGAUUACAGGAUUUAAUCCCCGUUGUCCGGCAGGAGGCCACGAGGAGGCCCUUUCCCUUCAACUAGCUUGGAAAAACAGCACCUUCACAAUUUGCGUGUGUGCUCGGCUAGUUACUGUCCACCAGUUAUUCUUGCGAGACACCAUUGUGAUCAUACUGCACCACCAAUCCGCUAGCUGCCGACCCUCGUGUGUGACUGGCACCAACCACCACUCCAGUGUGUACAACAAAACACAGCCUUUGCCUGGUAGACAGGCAGUGCCUGCUGGGCAAUGCUUGACUCUGUGUAUGGGCCUUAAGUAAAGAACAGACUGAGGAUAUUCAGUGUAGAAGAGGGGGACAGUUGAGUGUCGUUGAAGAAGAGAGGAUGGUUGUCUGGAAGGUUGUAUCGAGUUGAUAGAUUGAGGGAUUGAAUUUUUAAGGCUUUGAACACUACUAAUGGUCCGUCCACACUAGCAGGCAGUGCACGCGGGCAGAAGCGAAGCGUUUGCCCGGCAACAUUUUCUCUGCCUUUGCCCGGCUGCAGACAAGCAAAUUGCUUGUUUGUAGACGAGCGAUUUCACCGGGCACUGCUCGCCAGGCCCUGCAGUGUGCCACUGCCAGACAUACGAGGUUACAAUGUUGGCUCUAUGUCCAUGACUGCCAGUUUGCCAGUCUUUACACCAUUUCUUUUUCUCCACUUUCUCCUUUUUCUUUUUCUGGGUCAGCAAAAGUAUAACUGAGCACAAUAACAGCUUUUUGCAGUCCUUGGUUCUCAUGCUGUCAUACUGCAGUCUUAAUCAGAUACACGGAUCUGCUGCCUGGUUGUACGGGUGCUCGCCUCUGACUGAAACAGGCAAGUGUUGAUGUGUGGACGUCGGUUUCUGUGAGCACAGCGGGCUCUGCCUGUCACGGGCAAAGCCCGCCAUGCUUUGCCUGCUAGUGUGGACGGAUCAUAAGUUUUCUUUACUGCAAUAAAAAAUCUUAGAAAGGUCAGAAGUCAGGCAUUCUGUGGCAUUCCUGCAGAAGUUUGGUUUAGAAGAUUAUUGAUGAAUGAUAGAAAGAGGGUGGGUGAAAGGACAGAGGCUUGAGGAACACCACUGUCAAUAGCUUUAGGAGAAGAACAAUGGCUGUCUACCACAGCAGCAAUAGAACAACUGGAGAGAAAUCUUGAUAUAAAGUUGGAGAGGAUAGAAACCAUAGAAGGUUGGUUUUGAGAUCAAAGCUUUGUGGUAGACCGUAUCAAAAACUUUUGAUAUGUCUUAAUAUAACGGCAAAAGUUUCACCAAAGUCUCUAAAAGAGGUGUGACCAAGACUCUGUAAGUAAAGUCAGAGAUCACCAGUAUAACUGGUGAUCAGGUAGUUUCUAAAGUGAUUGAUGAUUAACAAUCUUCCUAUUGAGGAUAGAUUCAAAGACUUUAGACAAACAAGCUAUAGGGGGGUAGUUUGAGGGAUUUAGGCAAUGUUUCUAAAUGAUUUUAAUAUUUUGUAAGGAAAGGAUUUUAAUUUUGCGAUUUUCUUGAAAUUUUCAUCAGUCUCUCUCUCGCCUGAAAAUAUGAAGAGUAAAUGGCUUUUUGAAAAAGUUGGUAAAUGGCUUUAAUACUUCAUAAGAAGGGAGAGAUAUGAGAACAUGAAAGAACAUGUUUUUAAUCAUUCUCUAAAACUUGCAUUAUUAUUAAGUGAAAAAUGAGUGAAUGACUUAUAAAAAGGUUGGUAAAAGGCUUUAAUAUUUCUCAAGAAAUAAUAUGUAAAUAUAAACAAGAAAACAUAUUUUCUGAAACUUGCAAUGUUACUAGUAUAUUUGUCACCUGAAGAGAAGAGAAGUGAUAUCUGAGUGAACAGCUUCGGAUGUUUUGACAGAACUGGGAUUGAAACCAAAUAAGCAACCAUCCUUUUAUUUUUUUUUUCUUUUAAUUAAUCUUUAUUUUGAGUGAUGACCAGACAUGAUAUUAUUGUUGAUAUUUUACUUUACUUUAUCAGUAACUGCCUACACCAGAAUGCUUUUAAUUUUGUUACUAAUAUUAUAACUUGGAUAAUUCCAGGAUCAGUGUGGUUAAAAAGUUGGAUUGCUUCAGGAUCAGUUUGAAUGAAAGUCAGAUAAUUUCAAGAUGAGUUCAGAUAAAAGUGGAUAUUUUCAGGAUCAGUUCAAACAAAAGUUGGAUAGUUUCAGAAUCAGUUUGGGUAAUAGUUGGAUAUUUUCAGGAUUAGUUUGGAUAAAAGUCAGAUAUUCUCAGGAUCAGGAUAAAAGUUGGAUAUUUUCAGGAUCAUUUGGAUAAAACUUGGAUAAUUUCAGGAUCAAUUUGGAUAAAAGCUAGUAUUUCAGGAUUGGAUAAUUUCAGGAUCAAUUUGGAUAAAAGCUAGAUGAUUUCAGGAUUGUUUGGAUAAUUUCAGGAUAAAUUUGGAUAAAAAGUUAGAUAAUUUUAGAAUUGGUCUAACAGGAUAAUUUCAGAACAAGUGAGUGUACGGGACAAGUUGAGGAUUCACCUAACACAUAAUGGCUUACUAACGCUGGACUGCCAUGGCGGGUGUCCGCUGCACUACUCACUAGAUAAGUUAAGUUAGUCCUUUAGUUAGACAUUCAGUAAGUUAUUGAUGACACAACAGGUUUUUUUUAUAGUGAUGUGCAUUGCUGUUUUAUAUUUUUGAUAAGGUGUUUAGGUUAGCCAGCAUUUACUUUUCUUCCUAUGUUUAAGUCUGGUUUGGUUAGGCUAGCAUACCCUAACCUAACCAAGAGUGAGAGAGAGAAAGAUAACUUACACAUUCCUCUCAGUAAAAAGCUUUAAAUACUCGAUAUAAUCUAGUUAUUAUAUAUUGCAAGCUAAUAACUUUUCUCCUUAAUAGAUAAGAGAUGGUGUCAGUGUUAAGGCCCUUCCACAUGACGGGCAACUAUACGGCGGGCACUCUGAUUUGCCCGCAAUUCUCUCGCUUUGAAACAGUGUUACCAGACCAAACAGUUCAAUUAAGGUAGGCAGUAGGCAUAAGCAGGCAAAUGUAUGACGUGGGUCAGACACCGGGAAUAGGGUAAUCAGAGCUGUGGCAGGCAAUGUUGGCCAGUGGGGUGUUUAGUACAACAUGGGACGUAAAAAUUGUAGCCGGACAAGUAAAGCUAAACACACAGCUUUGUGUACAAUAAUUAUUGCUGUGUGCAAGAAGAAAAAGGGCAGGAUAGACAUGUAGACUUCCAUCUAGUCUACAAUUGAUACAGAUACCGACGAAGGCCACAGUGUUGACUUGUAACAUCGUGUGUCUGGCAAUGUGAUUCCUUGUCAGGCACCCAUCCAGUGCCUCAACAACGGGCGUGGGCACUUCAACGGUUUGCUUGUGGUUUCCUCGUCUAUGAUGUCAUCUACACUCAUGAUCGGCACACAUACGAGUACCACAGAGAAUUGGUAACAGUGUCUGCCCGCCGUGCAUUUGCCUGUCGUGUGGAAGGGUCUUAGGCAGCUGAGACUGGGUGAUGGUGGUGGUUGUGUGUAGAGUUUAUCAAGGCACUCAGUGUGAUAUGGUGAUGCAUGUCCCUUCCCCUUGCCUCCCUCCACGCCAGGCCCUUCAUUCACGUACAAAAUACUGUCAAACGCUUAACGUAAACAUCCGCCUAACCAUUUCUUUUGAGCUUGUCAAUCCUGCGUCAAGUGGCACUGGUGACGGCAGCUUGGUUGUGCCGCUGAAGGGUCAUGUUCUGUCCAGUUAUAAUGUGUUUUUGUUCUCUUAAGCCAUCCAGUUUGUGGAUUAAUUCCAAGACGCUUUUCUUGCUGUUGGACUAACUGUUGGUCACAUCAACGAAAUCACCUUGGCCAUCUUGCCUUACACACUGAGACGUUGAUGUGUGCGUCUGCGUGUGCAUGUGUGUGUGUGCGAGACCUGGGCAGAGUGGUGAGGCUCAGUGCACUUAACAACACUUAACGAGGUGGGCAUUACCUAUAGUUAGUCUUAUUACCUGGUUGGUCUCAGUGGUGUUUACCUGGUUGGUCUCUCAUAGCGGGCAUUACCUAGCUGGUCUCUUAAGUUCAGUGAUAGUUUUAUAAUGAAUCUAAUUUUUUUUCCUAUCAAGUGUUAUUAGGAGUAGAAUGUAAAAUCUACUACAGUAUUUUCUAGUCAAAUUGUUUCUCUGGUGACGAGAAAAUUUAUUGUGAAAAAGAAAGUCUUAUAUGAAAUGCAAAGCAAGAUGUUAAAAUAUAUAGAUGAAUAUAUAUGUAUACAAAUUAUUUUAUCUGAUCACACAAGUUUUCAAGGGCCUUGUAAAAAAGAAAUUGCAAUAAAGUCUUAGUAAUAAGUUGAAUGUUGGACAGAUAAAUAGACAGUCGAGUUAUUUUGCAAGCGUCGUAGUGUUACUUGUGAACCGAAUCCAAUGCCUUCCCGUAACUGUGUUCUCUGACUACAAAACCAUUCAGGUGUUUGGCAAAGGAAUUAUAUUUUGUAACAGCUGAGGCUAUGCAACAAUCUUUUUAUGAAAUGUAUGAAGAGAGAAAAUUAUUACUACAACCUACUGUGAUUAUUUUGAAUGUGACAUGGUGAACUCACUUUUCUGUACAGUAAACUAUAUUGUAAAAGAU